AUGAAAUCUUUGAUGGCUAGUGAUAUUUUAAUGCGGUAUCCCGAUCACAACAAGCCCUUUGAGCUCUAUACUGAUGCUUUGGACUAUCAAAUGGGCGCCGUGAUCAUGCAAGACAAAAAGCCAGUGGCGUACUGGAGUCGCAAACUCAAUGAUGCGCAAAAGAAUUAUUCUGUCAUGGAAAAAGAAAUGUUGGCUAUUGUGCAUUGCUUGAAAGAGUUUCGCUCAAUGCUUUACGGUACGCAAUUGACUAUUUUUAGAGAUCACAAAAAUCUCACCUUCCGCACAUUGAAUACACAACGCGUUUUACGCUGGCGAAUGUACAUGGACGAAUUCUCGCCUACGUUUAGCUAUUUGCCUGGUAAAGAUAAUGUUUUGGCCGACUGUUUCUUGCGUUUACCGCAAAUGGAGAAACCGUCUGAGGGGAAGAGUUCGCUUUCUAAAGGUAAAUUGAUCGCAUUUGACAAACUCAAUGUCAAAAUGGAUCCCAAGGAUGAAAUGUAUUCUUUCGAAGAAGAAGUUCUUCUUCCUCCUCCAUCUGAAGCGGAAUUCAAUCGUACCUUCAGAUGCAUGUUUGCUUGUUGUCGAGAUGGUGAUCAUGGACAUGGCGCUAUCAAAAGUGAUGAGAUGCUUGAAUCGUUUCUCAAUCAUCCUCCAUUGGAAGUUAUGCCAAAUCCAAUCACGAUGGCAAACAUUCAACAACAUCAGCUCCAAGAUGUUGCCCUCAUUCAAAAAUCGCAAAACGCAGCAACUUGGGCUCAAUAUCCCAUCAUGCAAAUUGACAAUCGGAAUGUGAUCUGA